AAAGACUCUCUAAACAGCCAGUGCAAUACACGGUUCCAGAAUAAGGUGGGGCAGGGAGAGAGAGAGUGUGAGAGGCAAGAAAGACAACACAGAGACGAGCAAGAGGCUGCUCCAUCACCCUGCAUCCCAGACACUCACACCCAGGAUGAACAUGUCCAGCAGUUCUGCUCUGAUACAGCAGAUCUAUCCCUUCCACGAUGGCUGGAAUGUUGCCUGCUUCAUCAUCCUCCUUCUCUUUAUCCUCACCAUCCUCUCCCUCGCAACACUGGCAUUUCUCUAUGAGCUGCUGGACUGCGGGUGCUUCACCAAAACCAAAACCGUUCGUGACCUGCGCCGCCAGCGUGACGAGGUGGUUUAGUUGUAACCAUGGUGACAGCGGACACAGUCUCCAUAGGAACCACAACAGUAGAUUGGUGGAAAUGGCUGCAGAUUUGGACAGAGCUCUUCACCAGAUUGGAGUCCCUUAAAACACGCCAGACUUGUACAGAGAGAGAAGCACACUACUCCCACUAGCUCCAAAAGCAAUACACAGCACAGGUGUCUCCAUGGCUUAAAAUAUUACAUGAGAUUUAAACCAGAAAGAGAGGGGAAAACUUGCUUGUAUUUGAAUGUCAUUGUCUCUUUAUAGUCUGCGUUCAGUAUUUCAGUACUAUUGUGUGAUGGCUAUAUAAAAUUGUUUAAUUUUUUUAGAUGCGUUUAAAUGAAUCUUUCCCUUUGUGUGGGAUGACAAAGUUUACAUGUUAGUAUUAUAAAAUUAAUAUUCUACACACAGUAUGAUUUGACUACUUAAAGCAAAUAUCACACACUACAUUCAAAGUUAAGGGAAUGUUUGUAUGUGUAUGUUUACAUUUACUUUUAGGUGAAAUUUAAUAUGUGAAUAAUUGUUAUGUAUAAUAAGAGUUAUAUCCAUAUUAAGCAGCACAAAAAGGGCAAUUGUUUCAUCUUUACAAUGCCUUAAAAUUGUGUAUUUAAAAUAAUAUAAUAAAAAUCAUAUAAGCACG